AUGGUAGUAACCAGUGAGUUAUCCGGCGAAGCGCUCGUGUCUUACGUAUUGUUUACUGGCAGGGAUGCAGUGCGGCUCUUUGGCGUUGACGGCGUGAUGGCGGAGUCCGCGCUGAAACGGACGUACAAGGCGCUAGCGUUGCGUCUUCAUCCGGACAAGAACACACAGCCCGGUGCACAUGAGGCCUUUCAGGUUCUGCAGCAAAGCUUCGAGGCUACACUGGCAGCCCUCCAGUCAACGGCGGCACACGAGGCAGCAACGCAAGGAGCAUCACCGCCAACAGCAUCUUCGUCGUGGUUCACUACACCCACGGCACCACCACCUCCCCCACCACCUUUUCCUGCCUUUGCCCAGUCUUCACUCUCUGGCAACUGCAAAAGUGGGCAACGGGAGAGUAAGUGUCUCGUUGCAGAUAAUAGCUUGUUUGAAAUCCCGCUGCCGCCCGACAUUUUUGCUGAAUGUGUGACGCAUGAUAAUCCUACGCCUUCUGAAACUUUGGCGACUUCCCGCAGGACGAAGCCACCUGAAAAACGAACGACGCCACUCCCUACUCUUGAUUUUUCUAGCAGCGAUGAUGACCACGCGGGUGAAGCUGGGAAUCGUCAGGCAUCUCGGUUAGGUAAUGAUCAAGAGCGUGUAAACUGUAGCCUGAACGCAGAACGAAAUACUGCGCAGAGGAAAAAACGGAGUGUAAGCCGACGAACUCUAAUGCAGCUUUUUGCGGAGUUCGACAUAUCAGAUGACGAGGAGGAUAAGGCGACUAUUCACCACCCAACAAGCAAUGAGACAGACCAUCAUUGGGAACCACCUUUUGGUCGCGAAUCAGGUCAGCGACAGCAGCUUGCCUCUGGAAAACCCGUCUCCACAAGAGCAUCUGCAGUCGUAGCUUGCCCUUGCUGUGGUGCGGGCGUGUUCUUUGUUCAUGUUGUGUCGGGUGUGGUCUGCCCAUCCUGUCAUGCACAAUUUGUGCCGGCUGCUAUAGGUAUGAUGGAUGCCAAGUGUCAUGCAACGGGACGUAAGAAGGAACAUACAUUACGGGGCGAGCUAUGUGCCUGUGGGAAGGCAAGUAAAGGGCUAUGCUUUCUCUGUGACUGA